AUGGUUUUAACCAAAGAAUAUCGUAUUUGUAUGCCGCUGACUGUUGAAGAAUAUCGCAUUGGACAACUUUAUAUGAUUGCCAGACACAGUCAUGAGCAAUCAGAUAGUGAUGAAGGUGUUGAAGUUGUUGAAAAUACUGAAUGCGAAGAUCCUGUUCACGGUAAAGGACAAUUUACUGAAAAAAGGAUCCAUCUCUCCAACAAAUUACCAUAUUGGAUUCAAGCAUUGAUACCAAGAAUUUUUUAUGUCACAGAGAAAGCAUGGAAUUAUUAUCCUUUUACUAUAACAGAGUAUACAUGUUCAUUUAUACCGAAAUUCCAAAUAUCAAUAAAAACACGUUAUGAAGACAACAAUGGUUCAUCUGAAAAUUGCUUAGGAUUAACUCCUGUAGAAUUAAUCCACCGAGAAGUAGAUUUUAUCGAUAUUGCAUAUGAUGAAUUAUCAGCAAAGCAUUACAAAGAAGAAGAAGAUCCAAAGUUUUUCCAAUCUAAAAAAACAGGUCGAGGACCACUGAUUGAAGGCUGGCGUGAAAGUACGCAGCCAAUAAUGUGUUCUUACAAACUUGUUGAUGCUUCAUUCGAAGUUUGGGGAAUGCAAACUCGUGUAGAAGAUUUUAUUCAUAAGUGCAUAAGAGAUAUUUUGUUGCUGGGUCAUCGGCAAGCAUUCGCUUGGAUCGACGAAUGGCACGAUAUGUCUCUCGAUGAUGUCCGUCAGUAUGAGUCAAAAAUGCACGCAGCAACAAACGAAAAAAUUCAACCUAAAACAGAGCCACAAAAUUCAUCCCAACCGGGCACGCCAUCAGGAUCAAUUCCUUCUUCUCCAAAAAGUCCCACCGGGUCUGCUAAUCGUUCUUGGUUUUCGUGGUCAUAA